AUUGAGAGAUUAAUUUGUAGCUAGCUAGGUCCAAACCUCCUUUGCAAUAGUAUAAUUUUCUCCGGGGCAAUUUCUCCGAAUAUAUAUAUAUAUAUCACAAAAUACAUGCUAUAUUAAUUAAAAGCGCAUAACUAAUAUAAGAAAUUAAUAUAUAUGUGGGUUGAUGUAAUAAAGAAAAUGUUAUUCACAUGUGUUAUAGAUACAUGAUUUGGAGUGAGGUGAAAUAGUUGUGGAAUUGAGAGAGGUUGUAUCUCUCUUUCUCUCUCUCUCUAUGAGAGAAAUGCGGGUGCCUCCAUGGCUGGAAAGACUGCUAAAAACAGCAUUCUUCAACAUCUGCCGCACUCACGGCGACGGCAGCCGCAGCGAAUGCAAUAUGUACUGCUUAGACUGCAAUGCCGGCGCCUUCUGCUUCUACUGCCGAUCAUCUAAGCACAGAGAUCAUCAAGUUAUUCAGAUAAGGAGAUCAUCGUAUCACGAUGUGGUGCGUGUGUCGGAGAUUGAGAAGGUUGUGGACAUAAGUGGGGUGCAGACUUAUGUAAUAAACAGCGCGAGGGUUUUGUUUCUUAACCAGAGGCCUCUGCCGAGGGGUGUCAAAGCCGUCUCACAAGUCUGCCAAAUUUGUAGGAGAACCCUUUUGGACAGCUUCCGUUUCUGUUCUUUGGCUUGCAAGCUUGUAGGAAUAAAGAGGAACGGGGAUGCAAGCCUUUGGUUAGGUGCAAAUAAUGAGGUAGAUUUGCAAAAGGAUGGAGGGAUUUCAAUGGAAGAGAAAGAAUUGUGUGAAGGAUCACAACAAGAAAUCUACACAACCACACCUCCACCUCAUCAUCAUCAUUCAAGAAGAAGAAAAGGCAUCCCUCAAAGAGCACCUUUUGGCUCUUGAUAAAUUAAUUCUUUCUAUUUAUUUCAUUUUCAUUUUUUUCUACUCCUAGACUACUUUUUAAAGCCCAUAACUCCGACAUCAUUUGUCCCCACGAAAAAUAAAUUAAUUAUAGCAUCACAUUUGAAUUCUUUUUUUUUUUUUACUGUAACCGGUGUUUCAUCUUGUAUCUCAUUAUGUCUAUCAAUGAAUAAUCUAGGAGUGUAUAUA